CUAACGUACUUCGCAGUUGUAUAGUUACAGUUUUAAAAUGAAUGCACGAGUAGUGAAGCGAAUCUGAAAUAAUACCAUUUUUUUUGUGUUUCUAAAUUACUUCGUUUUGCAGAGACUCUAUCAGAUGCUACUUUGAACAUACGCAAUUCAAGUUUGUGCCAAUUGCUCGAUACAAAAACGAAACCGGGACAUCGAAAUUUGGCGGCAUCAUAACCUUAUGGUGACCUCAGUAAAAAGUUUAUAAAUGAUUUUUUCAUAUUCAGUCUAUUUUAAUAUUGUAUGUAAAAUAUGAAAGAAUUAGAAGAAGUAAACUGCGAGAUUCGCAAUGUCAUAGAGAUUCAACAUUUUGCCACGAACUAUUUAAAUAAUGCAGAAAGAAGUGGUAGUGGAUCAUUAAAUGGUUCGCAAAUAUGUAAUGAAGUUGACGAUGUUUAUGGAGGUUUUUUACAUGAUGCCACAUAUGCUUGGUUGAGUUACGGUUGUCAUUUAAUAGUACUCAAUGCAAAAACAGGUGAAAACUGUAGCUCUUGGACUUUUCGAGGAAAGAUUAUGUGCGUUUGUCAGUUUCCUGCAAAAUGUGGAGAAUUACCACUACUUCUUGUUGGUCUGGACAAUGAAGCAUCCAGAACUAAGGAUUCCAUGGGCUUAUUAUGUGUCUUUGAUUGUACUACAUCUCGAGUUCUGAGAGCUAUAAGAAUGCCAGCUGGAGUAGAACAAGUUUGUAUCGUGUCUGGUGGAGCAGAAUGGGAGGAGUUCAACGACAAGAGACCAGAUAAUAUUCUCAUGCAAAUGGAUGGUAUAGCUUGUGUAGUAUUACGCAAUCUUCAUCAUCUAAUGAUUGAUCUUCAGAGAUCCACUUGGGAGGUACCUGAAUCGUCUGUUCUAAUGGAUGAAAUUUCUCCAGCUGAAAUCGAAUUUAUAACAACAAAGGAUUCUUUUCAUAGAAAUCAGUCAAAUAAAAGUAAACACAUGACUUGUAAUUUACUAAAUCAUCGUAUAGAAAAACAUAUAGGAUUUAACAGAGAAGAAUUUGAAUCACAUGCUAUUUUGGAUGAAAAAUUGACAACCAGUAUCAUUAGUUCAACGAAAAUCGGUUGUCUGAUAUCAGGAUGUUUGGGUAGAGUGAUAAUAUGGCAGAAUGACGGUUCCAUAGGCUGGAUCAGUUCACCCGACGAUGAGACCAUGAUAGUAACACAUUUGUCAUUACUGGAACCAACCGACGAUCCUCGACCUUUUUAUUAUUUAUGGGUUGUUUUUCAAGAUGACUCGUUUAAGGUGCCUCCCCUCUUAAGAAUGUAUGCCUUACUGUUCGAACGAAAGUACUGUGACAAAGGAACAAAUCUGUAUUUCAAUUUGGAAGCCGAGCCUAGCCUUAAGUUCGAAUGUAGAUUAGAUACAGCGGACAAAGUAGUCAGUUUAUCUACGAUCGAGAGAGAAUCAAAUCCAGACCAAACGGAUUCAGAAUUCAGACGAAGCGAAGAGAGCUUAUUAUUGAUUUCGACUACUGAGAGAACAUUGUUAUUUGAUUUGAAUCAGUGGUACAAAGAACAGAUGCCUCAAACUAUCAGUGAGUGCAAAGAUCCAAACAGUAUAUUAGCAAGUUACAAUACAAAACACAGGCCAUGUAAUAUAGCUGGCAACAAGAUAAUAAGUUGUACUUAUAUUCCUCGGACACUACAAGAAUUUCCAAACAAUAAUUUGAGCUUGUCGGAAGAAAUAUUCUAUCCAAGUGCGUCGUCUCUUGAAUGGGUAGAAUUGAGUCCUACAAAAUUAACAUUUUGGUUGACUCGUGGUGUCCAAAACGAGUUACUUCGCGAGAUGGCUCUCACUGGACCGAUUAUUUUAACUCAGCCUUCCGAAAUGUUUCACAAAUGUCUCUCGGUUGGCUUGAUACCGCUUAGUACAGAAGUUUCUUUCUCCAGCGAUCAGAACGUUCAAAGAGACAUGUUAUUAUCGCUUUGCUUGGAGCAACGUUGGACAAGUUUCUUGAUAAGAUGCGCAAAAGAGUGGUCGGAUGGAAGCUCAGCGUACAUGUACCCAAGUUUUCUGAAAUGGGGUAUACAACGUGCGUCUACGAUAAAGUUGAUUGCGGAUCGUUUGUGCAUCCCGCUGUUCGAUCAGUCCGGUAACAAUAUUGGAGAGUCCGAAGUGAAGACGUUACGAUUUUGUUAUCAACAGUUGGAAUGUUUGUCAAAUGUAGUCGCAAAAUUGCCUUUCGAAACAAGCAGUCUGAUAAAACAACGAAGAGCGCUUAAACGCGUGUCCAUGUAUUUUCAAGUGCUCCUUUGGUUCUAUGACGUGGGUCUGUUACCCGAAUCUCAGAGUUUGGAGGAAGGAUCUUUACCGCUUUCUCUUACACUGAAGAUCCCGUACCCAUUCGAGAAGCUGUACAAUCUGUACAAAGAGAAACGGGAGUCGAUGAAAAGCGACAACCAAAAUGAUGAAAACGAGAAAGUAUUUUUUAUAGAUGAAUUAAUAACGCGCGAAUGUCCCGCUUUGAAUGUACAGUGGGAAAGAGAAGCAGGAGAUGCGAAUACCAACGGUUAUUAUCCUCCACCUUCGUUGCAGUCGUUGCUGAGAAGUUAUUUGUCCGAUUGCGAUCAAACAGAAUCAGACGAGUUCGAAUGCAAACAUCAAAUCACCAUAUAUCUAUUGAUGGACUUAGCCAUGCUGUUGCAAGGAUCUUAUCCUGGAGUUGAACAACUAAUUAAGUAUCCUUCCUCGUUCAAAAUGAGUCCAAGUCUCAUAAAACUUACGCAAGCAUUCUGGUUGCUUGACCAUGAAGAUUAUCAUGGAUUUUUGGACAUGAUGACUGGUCAGUUGGUAUGUGAUUCUGAUGUUAAAGACUGGCAUCAUAAACUUGUAUUAAGAACACUGAUAAGAAACAAUCAGCACAAAUUGGCUUUGAUGUAUUUGCGCAUAAAGAAACCGCCAUUGUCGUCCAUUCAGGAACAGAGCACACUGAUAGGUUUGUCAGUGGAGCAUGGUUUGAUACAUUCUGCUUUUCACCGCAGACCUCAAUCUCAUUAUGCACAACUGUUAAUAUGCUUUUUCCAAGCGUGUAAAGCUUACAACAAGCUCAGCGAUAUUUUGCAUUUGGCUCUGGAUCCAGAAGAAGAAGAAAUGUUCAUUAAAUUCCUGGAAGAUACCAAGUCUGAAGACACACGACUUUUAUACUACUUGCAACGUUGUCGUUAUAUGGAAGCCAAUAGCGGAAGUUCAUCUGCUUACUUACAUACCACUGCUUCAAGGAACUUACAUAUGGAUAUGCUGAAUGCUUACAACACAACAUUACCUGAUGUAGUGAAACGAUUCUCUAUGAGUAUGGGUAAAACAAACUUGGACACAGGCAUGGAAUUAAGGUAUCCUAAACCAAUGUCUCAUCACAAAAAUUCUCAGCAAAUAACAAACAUGUAUGAGACUGUAAUUAAGAAGGCAAGGGAGACUUAUCCCAGAGGAGAGAAGUCUCUGAUUCCUUUUAUUACUGCGCCAUGUACGUCGUUAAAGAUGAACGAUGAUCGCAUCAACAUAAACUGUGUAAUGUCUCCAAAAAUUGUACAGAAGAAUCGGAAACGCGCUUUGGAUCAAGUAAUGGAGGAUGAAGAGGAGAGUGGAAUGAGAACCCCUGAUAAGGCCAAGCGUAGAAAGUUGCUUGAGGAUGGCGAGGCAGCUUUAAAUGCUGCAUUCAGCACUCCAUUAGUGAAACGAAAGAUAUGCAGCGAUAAGAACACACCGGUUGAAACUCCACAUUCUAUCUUGAAGAUUCGACAACUCAUAAGGAAUUCAACUUCGCCUACUGUUAGUACCUUGCAAGGAGAUGUUACAGAUAAUACAGAAUCUGAGGGAAAGCAGAAAAUUAGUAGACAGAUACGGUUCAGUAUUUCUCAAUGUAAGAAAAACAAUACCCACGAUGAAAUAAACAGCGAAGAGGAUAACAGCAAGCUUAACGCAUCAGAAGCAAGCGAAGAGGUAUUCUUCAGUCCAACAGUUUUGUCUGACAGUAGUUUCACUUGUAAAAAUGUAUAUACGGCUCGGCCUAGACCUAGCCUUAGAAGAACCUACUUGCAAACAUCUACAGAAUCCUUAACAAAAAGUUCUGCAAAUUGUAGCACAAGCAGUUCGCCUAAUCUAGUUGAGAAUUGUUCUAGGCUUGUCUCAGAAACACCAUCACAUGUGUCCAGAAGAUGUACCUCAAUGUUAUCUUCAUCAAUUUAUUCUCCUACAAUACUUUCUCCAAAUAGUAGCUUUGAAAUUGAUACUUCUUUGAAGAGAUCUAAUACUAAUUUACAGUCUUUAUUAACUCUUCCCAAGCAACAGGAGAAUUAUAAUUCCACCAACUCACCUGCUGCGAGAAGUACUUCUAGACCUGAAGAGCAAUACCAUGAAACUGAAAAAAUGUUGAAUACAAGUACUAAAGAAAACACUGAAUUAAAAGUACCACAUACGAGGAAGCGAAAAGUAUCUGAAAGGGAGGAUGUACAAAAUAAAUAUAGGAAUGGAGAUCUUUCAAAAACGAAUGCCUUAGAAGAAAAUGUUGAGGAAGAUUUUGAGUUUUCUAGCACAACAAAAAAUAAGUCGAUUCAUUCGGAAAGUAAAGAGCAGUUCUCUUGGUCACUCGAUAAGAAAUUACAAAAUAAAUCUACACACGACAUGCAAGAUGAAACGUCUAAAAACAACGAACAUUUUGAUAUCACCGACGAUGAAUCUUCGAAUAGCGGUGACGAAGUAGAUUUGGUCAAUGAAAGUAAGAGUAAAAAGACAGAUGGUUCGCAGACGGCACAAGUGUGUGCAGAUGAUAUGUACGAUGCAUCGAACAUCACAGAUGAUGAAUCUGAUUCCAGCAUAGAUGUAGGUGAACCGAAAAAGAACAGUAUUACUCCUCCUGAUAAGCAAGCAAAUGCAACUAAUAAUUUUAAAUUCUCUGAUAAAGAAAGGGAAGUGACAAUAGAUAAAACUAGUGAGAAAUCGAUACAUGAUAAUAAUAAUUCCAGUUACAGAGGAACAAAUGAAAAAUCAGUUCAUGAUAUGCCACAACCUGCAGAUGUUUCUAAUUUAAAUACAGAGUCAUUAAUUGCAACUGAGAACAUUACACCAAGAGUAACCAGAUCACGUAGAGCUUCUUCCAUAGCAAAAGAAAUAAGUACACCACCAUUAAAUUCACCAUCAAAAGUUACAACUCGAUCAAAACGAGCUAGUUCAUUAGCAAAAGAGGUAUUAAUUGCAUCUGUUGCUGCACCAGAUGAAGGAGUCAAACAAAGAGUUUCGUCUGGGUCAGAAGAGCCACCUAGUACGGUGACGCCCAAAAAAGGCAGAAGUAAAAGAGGGUCAUCGGUAGUGAAGCAAGUUUCUACAAAUGUGGAAGAGGAAGAAGUUAAAACACCAGUCCGGAGAAGCGCGAGAACAGCUGCUUCUGUACACAAAGAAUUGUCAGAAUCAGUGAAACCUGCGGCAAAGAACAGCAAGGUUUCAUCACCUCCAUCAGCAGAAGAUGAGCCACAAAAGGUAAAGCCAGGAACUAAAAAGGCAAAGUCGAAGCAAUCAUCAACUGAAAGAAAGUUAAACGCUUCAUUGAAGUCAACAGACGAAUCUAAAGGGAAUGAUGAAAAGGUAGAAGAAAUAAAUAAUACAAGAAUAACGAGAAAACGUGGUAGUUCAGUACCUAAGGAAACGGUAAGUGCAAUAAGAACUCGAAGGUCCAGUAGCAUAGCGAAGGACAUUAUACCAGAAGUUCUUGAACCAGUGCAGGAAGUAACAAAAGAACAUUUGGUAGACGUAACAGUGAAUAGUCCUGCUGCAAAUACACGCAGUAGAAGAUUAUCGAUACAGUCAGUACCGGAAGAGCUUGAAGAAGUUUUGAGUGUACCAUUAAAAGAGAGAGCAUCCAAACCCAAGACAACGAAGCAGGCUACGCAGACUUCUAGACAGAGAAGAGCUGCAAGUGUUGACGUAGAGACAAAGAGAUUAACCAGAAGUACUCGUGGUACAGAUAUUCUUAAAGAAGUAAUAGUUGAGGAAGAAACACCACAAACAGAAAAUCAAGCGGACACAGAAGUUUCUAAAGCCAAAACAACUACAAAAAGAAAACGUACUAAGUCCAAUACUGUUAGUGAAGAAACAAGUGAAACAAUGUCCAGACCAAGGAGAGGUCAAAAGCCAACAAGACAAGAAACCAGUGAACAGUUUCUUUUUUCGCAACCAGAAAAGCCAGAUAAUUCAUCACUGGAUCAAAAAACCAUUGGAGAAGUACCAAAAUACGUAUUUUCACCCCCUCAAACUAGGUCAAGAGCUACCACUCCUAAUUAUCGUAGAAUGAAAACCAUUAUUCCAAGUGAAGAUGAAACAGAAGAAGAGAAGAAAGAAGAACAGAAUGUACAGAAAAGUUCAAGGUUGAAAAGAACAACCCAAUACGUUUGUGUGACUGCACAUCGCUAUAGAACAAAAUUUGUACUAUCCAAAAGAUCAAAAAGUACGUCAGAUUAAACGUAAUUUGUAUAAAAUUCCCUUUUUAACCCUUUUUUGUUGAAACAUACUUUGUUUUUUGAUUUAGAAUAAUUUACAAUUUCACAGUCUACAUAUGAUAGAUCACAUAGUGACCUCCUUUCUUUCUGAACUAACGUUCUCAGUCUUAUGUAUAGUAAUCACUUGUAAAAAAGCUUGGCUUUUCGAGUAACUUCAUUUCGUAGCUAGAAGUGAAUUAGAAAUUAUGAUAUAUGGGACCAUGUGGAAUUAAACUUUUGUUAUUGUCGGAAGGGUGCUAAGUUCAUUACGGCACAAGAUUAAUUUUCUAAAAUAUGGUCACGAAAAGGAGCUUUUUACUAUGGAUUUAAUAUAUUCAGUGUAAUAAGAGUUAGAAUAACUAUAUUUUAUCAAUAAGUAAUCUCAUAUAAUAUUAAUGCUUAAAAUAUAUACUAACAUAAUAUUUUGUGACAAGUAUAUUUUUUAAAUUACCAUGUUUUAUUGGGAAGAUUAUUUUGUAUAAUCUAUAAAUUUGUUUACUGAAUUUGCAUUAUUCCCUUUACAGUUUCGGUUUAGGAUUAACUAGUUUUGUUAAGUUCCUAAAUGUGUAGGCAGCUGUACAGAAAAAAUUUUGUUGACUUCUAUUUUGGAAAUGUUAAAACAGCAGGGUUUCAAAAGUGUAUUAUAUUGAACGGACUAGCACCGUAUUAACUGUAAAUCAUAAGGUCUAUUACUUUUAUACACAAAUUUGCCAAAUAUAAUAUUUGUUACAUUUUUCAAUUUCUUCUUCUUACAAUAAGUUCAUGGAAUGAAUUAUUGUUGUAUCGUGUAUUAACUUGUAUGCGGUUUUCAACGAAAACAUGUAUUAUAACUUUGUAAAUAAUUUAUUAAUAUACCCAUGUAUAGCUGUAUUCAUACAAUAAAUGUAAAAAAAGAAUUAAUACAUACUGUUACCAUCGAAUAAAUUUCCAAUCACCAUAAAUAAUAACUCGUUAGGCUUAAAUACUUAAACGAUAUUAAAUAAUACUAUAAACAAAUACAUCUAUGUUUCGUUGAUUGGUACAUUCUAUCUAUGUCAUGAUUAUUGAACUUAGAUCAAAGGAGUUAAAGCAUCGUAUAAAUUAUCAGUACACUUACGUGUUUCCUUGUCUUUGAACUACAACAGACUGAAAAUCAUUUAAAUUAUUAUGUAUGAAACACAUUUAUCAGCACGUAUUAAUAGUUUCACAUGAUUUUAAAGCGAAUUUUCCGUUUCUGCUAACACCAGGUCCGGCACAACAUAUUCAUUAUUAAAUGUUAUCUUUGGCAGUAAAUUAUUUGUUUAUUCUGCACCUUAAUUUAAAGACAAAACACAUUCGCUCUAAAAAAUCAAGCAAAAAUCGUACAAAUAUAUUAAAUCUAUAAUAAAUUUCGUUCAGAUAGUCAUUUGAUUUCAGUUCAAAUGAUCAAUCUUUGUACAUGAUUGUUACUUGUUGCUAGACAAAUCUAUUAUUUAUCGUUCUGAUUGUCUAUUCUGUUAAUUAUAUUUUUUGUCAUAGAACUCUCUUUUCAUUAGCAUUAUACAAUAUAUUAACAGAAAUAUCAUUUUUAGAAUAAAUACGAAUAUAGAUCGUAAAAGGCAGAUUUGAGAUUCAGGACGGUGCAAUCGAAUAUUUAGUGAGAUUCAAAUAUUCAUUGAAGUUUUGAUUCUGUUUUACACCGUAUCCAUUUCAAAGGCACAUUCACAUUAUGUUGAGAUAUGCUUCAAGUACAACUCUUGAACAGAAAAGUGUAUAAUAUAAAUGUAAUUACUAGACUGUAUAUCUUUAUGCCUUGCAGAUUUUGAUAUAUCAUAAGUGCAUAAAUAUUUGCAGUCCAGUAAUUACAUUUGUUCUUAUUGUAAACCUUAGUUUCACCGAUACAAAUACGAAUCUAAUAAAAAUAUGAUUCCUAAAUAACUUACAUACAAUAAGUAACUUACAUUCUCUUUUCAUGGCAACGAAAAUUUCCG